AUGACUGACAUUUUAAGUAUCGGAGGUGAGCCGAUCUUCGACGAUCGCAUCGUCAAGAUCGAGACUCACACUUAUAAUCCAUAUGCCAAUACCACGUUCGGGCACAGCAAUGAAAUACGAAUUCCGAUACAACAGCAGGAUCUGUACACUCUACCCUGCGAAAGUUUUCUGUACAUCGAGGGGGUACUCUCCGACGACGUUCCGGAAAAGGAUUCGGAUACGACGAUGGACAACAAUUGCGUGGCGUUCAUGUUCGAUGAGAUUCGAUACGAACUCAACGGCGUGGAGAUCGAUAGGAACAGAAACGUUGGAAUAACCAGUUCGAUCAAGAAUUUCGUGUCGCUGACCACCGAGAGAAACAGGAAGCUGCAAAACGCUGGAUGGAUUGUGAUCAAUGAAAACGUGGGACCUCGUUCGAGAACUAAAAUCGGCGAUUUCAAUUUCUGCGUACUCCUUAACGUUCUGCUAGGUUUUUGCGAGGAUUACAAACACGUGAUAAACGCGCGACACGAACUCAUUCUGAUACGUUCCCGAACCGACGCUAAUUGCAUCGUCACGAAACCGGAACGUCAAAAGAAUCCUACAAUUACUCUGUUGAAAGUGCAAUGGCGAAUGCCGCACGUGGUGCUGAACGACGAUAAAUUGUCACUUUUACGAACGUUGGAGAGCGGACGAUACUUGAGUAUGGGCUUCCGCUCGUGGGGUCUGUACGAGUACCCUUUGCUGCAAACCACGAACAGGCAUUCGUGGGCCGUGAAAGCAGCGACGCAGCUUGAGAAACCGCGAUACGUCAUUUUCGCGCUACAAACCGGGAGGUCCAACAACUUAUUGAAACACGCCUCCGAGUUCAAUGACGGUAAUCUCACCAAUGUGAAACUGUACCUUAAUUCAGAUUUUUAUCCCUACGACGAUAUGAACUUAGAUUUUGAGAAGCGUAGAACGGCCAUACUGUACGAGAUGUACGCAAAAUUUCGAAAGUCGUAUUACGGAUGCGAGCGAGAGAACGCGCUCCUAACGAUGGAAGAAUUUGACAAAUGGGGCCCGUUCGUGGUCAUCGACUGUUCUCGUCAGAACAAAUCCGUCAAAAGCGCCACCGUAGACGUUCGAUUGCAAACGUAA